UUCUCACUUUUUUAUUUCAUAGUUGAAGCUCUCUUCAGUAGGAAUCUUUUACGAACUAUGAAUGAUGAAUUUUCUCGAAGAGGAAGUUGAAUUUUGGAGUUGAAUUCUUCAGAAUUAGUGUCUGUGCUUACGUUUUCUCCCGUUGAUUUUGUUAGAAUUAAUGUUCGAUAAAGUGUAAUUUGAUUGAAGUUUAUGAUCGAGAGUACGGAAUUCCUGAUUGACGGUUUAAUUUGAGCUUUUCUACUCGAAUUACUCUUUCGUUGAGGGUUCUUUUUGGGAGUUUUUCCUUAAAUCAGCAAUGCUGGAUUUGAUCUUCGUAACUGCUCCGUGAUUGCUGUGGAUAUCGUAGUUUUGCUGGGCGGAAUUUCCUGCAGAAAGUGAUCGGGUGAAGUCAUGGCGCAGAGUAAUUGGGAAGCAGAUAAGAUGCUUGAUGUUUACAUUCAUGACUAUUUGCUGAAAAGAAAGCUGCAUAAUUCUGCAAAAGCUUUCAUGACGGAAGGAAAGGUUGCUACAGAUCCCGUAGCCAUUGAUGCACCUGGAGGAUUUCUAUUUGAAUGGUGGUCGGUGUUUUGGGACAUUUUCAUUGCACGGACAAAUGAAAAACAUUCUGAAGCAGCAGCAGCGUACAUAGAGACACAGCAGAUGAAAGCAAGGGAGCAUCAACAACAGCUGCAGAUGCAGCAGUUGCAACUCAUGCAACAGCGAAAUGCCCAGUUACAACGAAGGGAUCAAAAUCCCUCCCUUGGUGGUUCUAUAAAUGCUAUGAACUCUGAAGGCAUGAUGGGGCAACCAUCUGCUAGUGUUUUGGCCAUGAAAAUGUACGAGGAACAAAUGAAGCACCCUCACUCCUUGGACUCCGAGACAUCACCUCUUAUUGAUCCCAAUAGGAUGGCUCUUCUCAAGUCUGCAACUAAUCAUCAACGCCAGUUGGCACAAGGUAAUUCGGGGAGCAUGUCUGCAGCAUUGCAGCAAAUGCAAGGGCGGCCUCAGCUGGCAACGGAUAUUAAAACGGAAGUGAACUUGAGUGGUAAUCAGAAAUCCGUGGAUCCGUCGUCAAUUUAUGGCCAAGCAAUUCUACAGUCAAAGUCGGGACUUGGUGGUGCAGGUUUGAAUCAAGGUGUGACUGGUCUACCAUUGAAGGGUUGGCCGUUAACUGGAAUUGACCAUUUGAGGCCAAGUAUGGGUUUGCAAGUACAGAAGCCCAAUAUACAGACCCAAAAUCAAUUUCUUUUGGCAUCACAACAACAGCAGGUUCUUGCACAAGCUCAAGCACAAGGUAACCUGAAUUUGGCAUCACAACAACAGCAGGUUCUUGCACAAGCUCAAGCACAAGGUAACCUGAAUUUGGCAUCACAACAACAGCAGGUUCUUGCACAGGCUCAAGCACAAGGUAACCUGAAUUCCCCUAAUUAUGGAUACGGUGGAUUACCAAGAGGUAACUUCAAUACAAAAGAUGUUCAGCCACCAAGAAAUGAUGGAUCCAUAUGCUCUCCAGUACAAUCAAAUUCACCGAAGAUGAAAAUGGCCCAAAUACAGCAAUCCUCCUCUCAACAACAGGACCAGAUGCAGCAGCAGCAACAGCAGCAACUGCCACAGAACAGCAGAAAAAGGAAGCAGCAUUCGUCAUCUGGACCUGCCAAUAGUACUGGCACUGGAAAUACUGUCGGCCCUUCACCAAGCUCACCAGCAUCAACUCAUACACCUGGUGAUGGGAUGACUAGUGCUAGUAGCCUUCAGCACGUCAGCAGUGUGUCAAAAAGCAUGAUGAUGUACGGAGGAGACGGAACUGGUGGUAUUGCAUCCUCUACAAAUCAGCUGGAUGACUUGGAGACAUUUGGAGACAUUGAUAAUGUGGAAUCAUUUUUGUCACAUGAUGGGGGAGAUGGAAGUAUCUAUGGCACACUGAAGCAAACUCUUACUGAGCACAAACCUGAGUCUUCCAAAGGAUUCUCCUUUGGCGAAGUUGGUUGUAUACGCACAAGGAAUAAAGUUACUUGCUGUCAUUUCUCAUCGGAUGGGAAGUUGCUCGCUAGUGCCGGACAUGACAAGAAGGCUGUUCUGUGGAACAUGGAUACCUUGCAAACGGAGACCACCCCUGAAGAACAUCAAUACUUGAUUACAGAUGUCCGGUUCAGGCCUAAUUCAACUCAGCUUGCAACUGCUUCAUUUGACAAGUCUGUGAGAUUGUGGGAUGCUGCUAAUCCUAGCUACUGUUUGAAUUCAUAUACUGGUCAUACUUCUCAUGUUAUGUCGCUGGAUUUCCAUCCAAAAAAGAAUGAUCUGUUCUGUUUCUGCGAUAGCAACAAUGAGAUUCGCUACUGGAGUAUUAGUCCAUUCUCAUGUACUCGGGUGUCAAAGCAAGGAGGCAGUGCACAAGUGAGAUUCCAGCCCAUAACUGGUCAUCUGCUGGCUGCCGCAUCAGAUAAGGUGGUUUCAAUCUUUGACGUUGAAAAUGACAGGCAACUACAGUCUUUCCAGGGACAUUCUGGAGUGGUGAACUACCUUUGUUGGGAUCUCAAUGGUGAUCUACUGGCAUCAGUAAGUGAGGAGUCCGUUAAAGUUUGGUCAUUGACCACCGGUGAUUGCAUCCAUGAGCUAAGUACCAAUGAGAAUCAGUUCCACUCUUGUGUCUUUCAUCCUAGCUAUUCAGCUCUAUUGGUGAUUGGAGGAAUGAGGUCUUUGGAGCUGUGGAACAUGGUUGAGAAUAAAAGCAUGACAAUUCCAGCCCACGAUAACAUUAUCGCUGCUCUAGCACAGUCACCGGUGACUGGAAUGGUCGCUUCCGCAAGUCAUGACAGUUCUGUGAAGUUAUGGAAAUAAACAAGUCGCCGCAACGUCACCAUAAGAGCGGUGGACAUUUACUUCUGCUCGAGGUGCUCAGGGAAAAAGUCCGCAUUGAUGUUGUAGUCUGUAUUGUUUAAAGAAAUAUCCAUUUUUCUGUUUGUUAGUCACAUUAGAGUUAUGGUUUGCUUAAAGCAAGUUGAGCACACUGAGCAAAUGUUUCGGUAGUUCUAGGGGAAGCAUAACAACUUCUGCAUCUGUUCUGGUGAUUAACAACAACUAAUAACAUGAUAUAAAUUUCAGCUUA